AUGGCAAAACGCACGCUCGAUGCAUUCUUCAAGCCAUCAACCACCGCUCCAAAACGUGCGAAAACCGACCUCAUCGAAUCUAACACCGCAACCGCAAUCUCAACACCCGAGACAGACAAUAUCCCAGUCGAGGACACCAAACCCCCAAGCCAACACCCAAGUUAUCCAAUUCCAAUAGCUCAACUUCCCUCCCACAUUGAAGUAGGCCUAGGACAUGCAACACCACCCUAUAUCCCCCGCCCAACAGCAAACGAGCUAUUCAAAUUCCUCCGUCGCGAACUUCCCUUCUACCGUGUGCAAUACACAGCACGACGCGGCGACAUGGAAACACAAAUCAACACACCACGAUGGACAACAGUCUUCGGCGUCGAUGAAACAUCGACCUUCAUCCAAGAACAAGACAACGACCCAAACAGCCUCGUUCUACUAGAAACAAAGACCAGAACGCCAACCCCAAAAACAAAAUACCAGUGCACGCCGCGGCCAAUCCCAGCAUGUCUAGACCUCCUACGGAGACAGGUCGAAGCAGCAAACGUAAAUGCAAACGCAAACGCAGAUAAAACCCCCGGCUACAAUUUCUGCCUGGUAAAUUACUAUUCCAGCGGAGACGACAGUAUCGCAUUCCACUCCGACGACGAGCGCUUCCUCGGACCAGAGCCAAAUAUCGCCUCGCUGUCGCUGGGCGGCGAGCGGGAUUUUCUAAUGAAGCCUAAGCCUUCAGUACCAGCAGGGAAUGCAAACCGGACGACGGGUGGAUGCGUGCCUGGGGCUGCACACGCAAUUUCCGGGCCGGGCGGUACUAGUGCGACGCGGGCGAGUUGUACGGUUUCGGGCGGGACGUUGAAAGCCGUCUCUUCUCCUGGGUCUAGGCCUGCUGCUGCGGUGCCACUGCAGCAGAUUAAGAUGAGCCUUGGGUCAGGGGAUAUGGUUGUUAUGCGUGGAACGACGCAGUCGAAUUGGUUGCAUAGUAUUCCUAAGCGGAAGGGGAAGGCCGGGGAGGCGACCAAGGGACGGAUUAACAUUACGUUUCGGCGGGCUGUUGUUCCUAGCGGGACAAAUAAUUAUUAUCAUUAUAAUGUUGGUAGUGGGGGGAUGUACCGGUGGGACGAAGUAGCCAGGAAGAUGGUUCUACAGGAGAAAAAGGCAUAG